GAGGACAAAAAACCGGAAUGCGGUCGGGUCCAGGUUCUGAGGUUUAGAAUUCCUUCAAGGUUGAGAAAAAUGGCUGCGUCCAGUUACACAUGUUUGCUCUCUACUCGAAGGUCGUGUUUAGCUUCUCUGAGGUCAUAUUCCAGAUACAGUACAGUAUUUCAGAAAUACAAAAUAAAACAACAAGGAUUUGUUCCUGUUUACCAGGCCCAGAAACUGGUUCCCUGGACUAGAUCUUUCAGCACCAGUCCAUACUACUUCAGUACAGACAAUGAGCAGACUGUCACUGCUGAGCCAGCGGAAGAGGAGUACCACAGCCUCAUAAAGGACACAGAAAGAGCAAAAGGUCCAUUGGAUCAUCAUGAAUUUCAAGCAGAGACCAGAAAAUUACUGGACAUUGUUGCUAGAUCACUGUAUUCAGAAAAGGAG